UAUCUGCUCACAUGGAUAUCACCCAUGGUUUUUUCGUCGAUACAUUUGGGUUUAUUACACUUGUCAAAAAUAAAGAACAUUCUUAAUUAUGCUUCUGGAUUCAACUUUUUAGGUUUUCAUUAAAUUGAAUUUAUCGUUGUCAAAUUUUGAUUAUUAAAUUUCAUUUCAUGGCUUCGAUUUUUGAUCGAUGGGAAAAAGAUCCUUUCUUUAACGCUGCUGAAGAAGUUCAGGAAUCUGCUGAUAGGGUAGAAUCUACCUAUAGGAUAUGGAUUCACGCAAUGAAAGAUGCAUCCAGUCCUUGGAACUCUGAUGAACUCCGGAGAGAUCUUCUUACUGCCAUGGGCACUGCUAAGUGGCAGUUAGAUGAAUUUCAACGGGCUGUGAAGUCGAGUUAUAGAAAAAGCUCGAGUGAUGAUGCUAGAAAUAGGCACCAAGAUUUCGUUGCUGCGAUUGAAGCCAAGAUUUCGAAAGUGGAGAAUUUGUUACAACUGCAUGAAUCUGUUCCUUUAGGUAGCAAGGUGUCUCUGCCUUGGGUGUCGCUGGAUGAAGGAGAGCGAAAUGAGCUUGCAUCGUUUCUUUCAGGGAUGCCGCUGUCGCCUUCUGGUGGCAAACCGCCGCUUAGGUUUACUGGGAGAGACACUGUAAAUCCAAAAUUAGGUGAUACGGAUUCGGUUAGAGCAGCGGUUGAGGUGGAGGAGAAACCAUAUGGACAUCGCAGGGUGGCUAGCGCUGGUGCUGAUAUUAGUUCUUGGAAAAUUGCUGUUCUGGAUAAUGUGCAACAAUCGACUUCCUCCAAUGAUUCUUCUGGUCCUACUCCUAUGCAUAAGGUCGCCAGUGUCUCUGGAUUCUUUAGUUCCGUGGAAUCCAUUUCUAAAUGGCCGAAGAAUGGUUAUAGGAAGCUGAAAGCAAUGGAUAGUCAUCAAGAAACUGAUAAUGCACUACUACUACCAUCAACCGAAUGUAAUGGGGUCAUCAAUGAUUGCAAUGAAAAAAGUAAGAUUUGCCUUCAUAGUUGUGAUGGAUGUUAUAAUAAGCCACUCCACGGGUGGUAUGGGGCUUUACAAAGACAGCUUCAAAGAUCUCAAUACCAAAUGCAGUACAACCGGCCUGUUCAAAUAGCUGUCUGGAUAGUUAUUAUCCUUUGCUUCAUUGUUUUAAUUGCAUUUUAUGCAAUGUAAAAAAGAAGAUGUAGAGAUAUCAUAUAUCAGUUUUUGUAUGGCGCCAAAUGGGGACAUACAAACAGUGAAAAAUAUCAAUUGAAGUUUGUAUACUAUGCUGUCCCUUGAGCAAACGAGAGAGGUUUUUUUUUUAAAUGAUUCCCGCUAGCAUACUCGAUGUCAAUAUAAUGCACAAAGUGCUUUGAGAUAAUUAUUUAGAGCCUUCUUUGAUCCAUAGCAAAGCUUUAUGGUUUGUACAUACAAAUUGAAGAUGAGUGUACUAUUUUCAUUCAUGUGAGUUCACAAGACAAGAUUAUUAUGGUUUGUAUAUACAAAUUGAAAAUGAAUGUACUAUUUUCAUUCAUGUGA